GUCGGUGGUCACAGCUCCUUUCUGUUCCUGGUUUCUCUCCAUUAGAGUAGAAGACUCACUAGGAGACCAGCGAACUUGUGUCGUUGUGUUUCAGCUGGAUCUUUCCGAUUGAUUGUCAUUCUUUUCUUUUCUUUUUCUUUUGUUAAUUUCAGAGGAAUUUCUCAGUUUAGCACCCUGGCGGCAGACUUGUACGUGUCAUACAGGAAUGCCUUGUACAUUGGCAUUCCACACAACAGAAGGAGAUGUUGACACUUUUAGUGUUGAAGCUGAGUUUGUCGUCCUUCUCCUCUCUUAUGUCAUUAUCAAUGGUUAGCAACAUAUGCCCAAAGCAUUGAAAGCCAUUUAACCUUGACGCUGUGCUCUCGUGAUCAUGGAUAGAGACAACACUUUCCAGGGUUGCAUCAUUCGCAUCCGAGAGGGAAUAUACCGCAGCCUGAACGCAGACAUUGGCGUCUAUUACUACUGUAUCAUUGGCGUCUAUUGAUCGUGUCGAAUUCUACCAACCUCUGAUAGGAACUUUUCUGGAACUCUGAACCAUCGAUUUUGGAGAAUUCCUGCUCAUAGCUGGGAAUUGCUGCUCUAAUAUUCCUCCUUGCCCCCACUAUUCACCACUAAAUAAAGUUUUAGAGAGUUGCUGAAGACUUAUACCUCCAUCACGUAUAGCACCCGCGCAUAUAUUUACCUGGAGGAUAUGGAUAGAGCUGUAGCAUAGCCACCGAUUUGAUUUCGUACUCCAUAUACUGUCCAGGCAGCCUGUGUGGAAGUGAGGACAAUCAACUCGUGACUUAUUUGUCAUUCCCUCUCAGUCUGAGAAAGACCACGCAAAUCAUUGAAAGAUCUCUUUGGCCACCGGUGACUUCAACCGUUCCUUGUCUUGAGCGGUAAUGAACACCCUGGAGGCAGAACGUUGGAUCGGGAUCAAAAUCCUUUCAGUAAGGAGGCCAGGCCAGAUCAUGCAAUGUUGAAAUCAAGAGUAAUUCUAAGUUUUGGAGCGGAGGAGAAUGCGAAAGUGAGGAGCUCUUUCUUAUUUUCACAGGGUGUUUGUGUCAUGAGACGCGCGAUCUAUCAUAUGCUUCUCCUGUUUGUGCUCAUAUUGAACUUGCUAUCUUCCACUUUGGCAUUGUCGUCUGAUGGCUUGGCGUUGUUGUCGCUUAAAGCACUGCUUCACGAUCCUGAUAACUAUCUUGCCAACUGGAAUGAAUCUGAUGCGGACCCGUGCAGAUGGUCUGGAGUUAGGUGCCAGUUACAAACUAGCCGCGUUGAGUUUUUGGCACUUCCAUCCAAACAAUUGCGAGGAUCUAUAUCACCGGAAAUUGGCAAGCUCGACCAACUCCGUAGACUGAGCUUACAUUCAAACGAGCUCUACGGACCCAUUCCAAAGGAGCUCGGCAACUGUUCAUCAUUAAGACAAUUGUAUCUACAUAGAAAUUUUCUCACUGGGAGCAUACCAUUAGAGCUUAAAGAUCUGAAACUUCUUGUAACGUUGGACUUGGCGAGCAAUGGACUAACGGGUAGCAUUCCCAGUUUCAUCGGUUCGCUUUCUAGACUUGGCUUUCUAAACGUUUCCUCCAACUUUCUGACGGGCGAGAUUCCAACAAAUGGGAUCUUGGAAACCUUCACUGCACAGUCGUUCCUGGAAAACCCAGGGCUUUGCGGUUCACAAGUGGGAAUUGAUUGUCGGGGUGUCUCCCCUGCUACCGCUCCAUCAAAACCAUCUCCAGCAAGUCCUCCACCAUAUUCUGUGCCCCUGCCUCUCGGAGAUGGAAACAAUCCUGCACGGUCUCCAGGUGCAGGUUCAGCCGCUGGAGAAUCUACACCAGGAACUAGCACAAAAGCUCAGAAGCACGGUUACUCCAAUGCCCUUUUGAUAAGUGCAAUGAGUACUGUUUGCACUGCCUUACUACUUGCUUUAAUGUGUUUUUGGGGCUGGUUCUUGCGUAAUAAGUACGGGAAACGGAAACUGAAUCUUUCCAAAGUCAAAGGUGCCGAAGCAUACAAUGAAGAAAAGGUGGUUAAUUUCCAUGGCGAUUUGCCUUACACAACCGUGAAUAUCAUAAAGAAAAUGGACCUACUUGAUGAGAAGGAUAUGAUUGGUUCUGGUGGAUUUGGCACGGUGUACCGCCUGCAAAUGGACGAUGGCAAAGUUUAUGCUGUAAAACGUAUUGGAGUAUUUGGAUUGUCUUCUGAUCGUGUCUUUGAAAGAGAGCUGGAAAUUCUGGGUAGCUUCAAGCACCGAAAUCUUGUAAAUCUACGCGGGUACUGCAACUCUCCAACUGCCAGGCUCCUGAUAUAUGACUAUUUGCCCUGCGGAAACCUGGAGGAAUUUCUACACGAUAGGGAGCCGCACGAAGUUUUGCUAAAUUGGGCAGCACGUUUGAAGAUAGCCAUUGGGGCUGCCCGGGGACUUGCGUACUUGCACCAUGAUUGCACACCCCGUAUCAUCCACCGCGACAUCAAAUCAAGCAAUAUUCUCCUGGAUGAAAAUCUUGAUCCUCAUGUGUCUGACUUUGGUUUGGCCAAGCUGUUAGAAGAUAAAGCCUCUCAUGUGACUACAAUAGUUGCGGGCACCUUUGGCUACCUUGCACCAGAAUACAUGCAUACUGGGCGAGCCACAGAGAAAGGAGAUGUGUACAGCUAUGGUGUCGUUUUGUUGGAGCUUUUAAGUGGCCGACGCCCCAGUGAUCCUUCCCUCAUUGCAGAAGGCAUGAAUCUAGUUGGAUGGGUUACACUUUGCAUCAAGGAGAACAUGCAGUCGGAAAUUUUUGACCCUGAGAUCUUGGAUGGAGCUCCAAAAGAUCAACUGGAGUCAGUUUUGCAUAUUGCUGUGAUGUGCACAAAUGCUGCGGCGGAAGAGCGCCCUACGAUGGAUCGAGUGGUGCAAUUGUUGGAGGCUGAUACCCUUUCCCCGUGUCCUAGCGAGCUCAGCAACUUCUACAGAUCACCUCAUUCUGACGACGAAGCUCGAGGCCGAUAGAUGACUCACAACAAGCUUGUAAUAUCAGCUCAAUACCGCUGGCAGCGGGUUUCACCUCUGUACUAUAAAGGCCAAUCUUCAUCAACACGCAUUUGAUACUACUGCGUUGGCGGGUUCGAGCUUGAACCUUUUGAUCUGAGUUCAUUUUGUCUCAGUUCCUAUAAAUAUUUAUUUUCUCACAGCUGUGGCUAUGGAGAUGUUUCUUGACACCCUAAGCACUUUUAGCCCACUCUCUAGGGGGUUCACUGUACCGUAGUGGCACACCCGUCGGACAUCUGCCAAAGGAUUAGGUCGCCAGGAAUUUAUCUUUGUCACAAAGAAUACAAGUCACUAUUUUAAGAACAUCGCGGUAGCUUUGUGGGCUUGGAUGUGAGUAAACUUUCUUAUUCUUGUACCCACAUCUGUACAAUUCUAUCUUCAAUAUGGUGACAGCAAGGCUCACACUUGUUCAAAUGCUCUAUGGACUGCUCAUGCUGAGCUUUAUCCACUUGUCCACCUUUGAUAUGUAUUCACGUAGUAAUGAUUUAGGGAUAACUGCUACGUUCUCCCUCCGCUCUGAUUUCAGUAGAUCACAGAGCUUCGUCUCAUAAAGGAAGAUUUGGCAAAGGACGGGAGAGCUGGAGGAUAAUCCUCAAUAGCUGUCAGCCGCCAAUAUAGUUAGGAGCAGGAAAGGACGACAACCAGUCUCAUUUCCCUUGUUACCAUAGAGGAAUGUGUUAGAGUAAUCUGAAUACACGACUAAGAAGUCAUACAUACAUUUGAAUACAAUACUCGAGACUAAGACCGUACACACACACUGACAUGGAUUGAGUACGGUGUCCUUACAUAUACUCCUCGUGGAGUCAUAACAGACGGAGGGAUGUAUGGCCGUCGUGAUCCAGCGCCCUUUGAUGGUUCACAUUGACUUGAUACUCAGAGAUUCUCGGUGGCGAGUGGAUUUUUUUCUUUCUUGGUUCUUUGCUAUGGUGGCUAUGGUGAGUUGAUAAUUUCAUUUGGUGGGGUACUGAUGUCUCAUGUAUGUAGCUUCAGAUGUUUUUGCUUGGUUUUUGGUUCUUGUUGUUGGGCCUUCAUUGCUUUUUCGGUUGGUGUCUGGAGAUUUGCUACUCAUGGAUGCGAAUUCCUAUGGGUGAUGGAGAUGCUGAUGGGAGUUGUCGAAGAAGUCGAUUGCCUUGAUGGAUAAUGGUGAUUGCCCACGUUUCUACGCUGUUCGACAUGAGCGUUGUCCUGAGAUAUACAGUAGAUGGUUGGAUUGUGAGAGGUAGGUAACGGGAUUUAGGGGUGAUGUUCACAAGAAGUUUGGUACAAUAGAGGAAGCACUGUGUUUUAUGUUGGGGAUCUAGAUUCUCUGAGCUUCAUGUGCAAGAUCUAUUGCGUCCUACUGGGAUGCAUAUUAUGAAUUCAGAUUUUUUUAUCCCCA